AUGGGUCACAAGCAUAGAAAGCCGAGAGUGGCAUGGAACUUCGAUGAUGAGUGCUCAAUGCUUGCGUUCCUGGAGUUUCGCAUUAGUCAUGGUGAGAUGGACCGAAUAAAAAAUAUCGAGGCGAUUACACUUCAUCUGCGGAAGAAAAGGUCGAAACGAUUUACUAGCUCGCAAAUCGAAGAUAUAUUGAACGAAAUACAAAAUCAAACGACACAAAAGCGCCGAAGAGGGACGGUAUUUACUGAUGGGCUUAGAGCCUUGUCUAGUGUUCCUCAUGAGGAGAAUGUUCUUCGGCUGAAACAGGAGUUGGAAGAUGAGUUUGUGAUGAAUAUGCAAAGUCAGGAAAGGGUAACGAGGAGUGCUUCGCGUAGCCUUGGUUCAUCUCAACCUCAACGAAAGAAGCAUGUAUCAGGCCUUGAAAUACCAGAAUCCCCGUCUUCAAGCCGGGCGCUCUCGACCAGGGCGUCGCGUUUCCGUCUAUCCGCAACGAAGAGUACUAGCCCACUUGCAAGAAAGAGGCAUUUCCCAUAUCAGAGCUCUCACACCCCGUCAAAUCGCACGCUUAGCCCGAAGCAUGAAGAAGGCGAUAGAGAAACCCCUAUUCCUCCAUAUCCUACCGUACGCAUAACAAUACCUGGCAAUAGCGACAUAUCCACAGCCGAUGAUCUCCAUUCGCCGAUCUCUCAUAACGAAGAUGUGUCACUACAUCAAACCAAAACACCAACGACCGACGCCGGCUUAUACAAGCGAGCAACAAAUAACCUUAGCGGUUCCUUCUCCGAAGUCAAAGUAAAGAGACUCGAAGAAGAAGUCAAGGACUUGAAGGAAAGACUAUCCCAAGCGAAAAAAUGUCAGCAACAUCUAGAUUCACAGAUGCAUAACAUAAAUUCAUCGUUGGAGACGGCGUUGAGAGAGUGUCAACGCAGGUGUGCAGAAUACGCUGAUGACAUCAGAUGUUUAAAAUACACUCUUUCGGAGAAAAAUCCAGCAGAUAGAAAACUGCUUUACCAACAAGAGAGGCAAAUAGAAGCUCUGCGGCACUCCCUGAGUGAGAGGCAACAAAACGCCGGGUUUAGCAGAUUAUCUGCUGACGAACACCACGUUCCCAAGCAGGAUGAUGUUGAGAAUGUCAUGCAUUCUAUUCAUCAUGAGACGAAAAGGAUACUAUUAUCAUAUGAUGAUAAUUUCACUGCCAGGACACCCGAUCUGGACCAUGAAGAGGAUCUUAGAAGUCUUUUUUGGAGAGUUCUAGGAACCAAUCCUUCCUCUCCAGUCAGCUCUGAAACAUUGAAAGCAAUAUUGGGCAAGAAUGGCCUCCAAGCUAUUAUUUGUGCAUUGUUUGCGUCGGCUUUGUGCGAGUGGGUUUUUGCUACGGAUUUCGAAUCUACAAUAGCAAGAUCGUCGAUGCUUCUAAACAUGUAUCGCCAGCACAUAUCAAGCAUAGACGGCAGUAAUGCUUUGAAAAAUGUUGAUAUAGCAGCUAAUAAACUACUGUUUGGUAGCGAUUACUACCUCAACCAUGCCAUUCCCGCAAGGGCCAAAGAGUUGGCGUCGAUGCUGUCCGAUGCUCUCGCACCGUUAAUUCCAAAUACUACAGAAAUUCCACGCCAUUCAACAGACCGCUUCCAUACUUGGGGCGAAGGAAUUAAAGAAAGCCCAAGACGGGAGAAAAGGUUUAUCGAUGUGUUCAAACGUGCUCUCAGAUUGAAAGGGGACCUGCUCUCUAGCACUGGCCUCUUUUCCCUCGUGCUUUACCAUCGCGGCACAUGUUUCGACAAAAGUUCCAUGAUCGCUGAGACUAAGCAUGGAGACAGUGCUGUGAUGUUAUCUCAUACAGAGCCUAUACAGGCUUGUCUUCUUCCGGCUAUUUAUUUACGCAAACUCCCACGGCAGGACAUUGUUGACUAUAAACUGGAGAUCCAUUCGGAAUGCCCUACUGGAUCGGACUUUUGUCUGGUUAGCAAAGCUGUUGUUGUUGUGGACUAG